AUGACCGAUGUCGGUACAAGUUUGAUUUAUUGGAAUGAGAAAGAAAUCCUACCAAGAGGUAUUUUUCUUUCUUCCUCUGGAUCUGGUGGAGAUCGUCUUCUGUUUUGGCAAUCGUUCCAUGCUAACGAUACCAGUAAAUACAAUCCUAAGAAAGGAUAUUGUACACGCAAUGAUGACUGCUCAUCAGGGGUUGAGACUGUUAAUAACCAGGAGUCCACGUUAUCAAAGGGUCCUACAUCUGUUGAGAGUUCAACCACAGAGGCUAUUGCCCCUAGUCCCAAAUUAAAAAAUACGAGUCAUAUUCGAGGUCAUAAAAAUAGUGAAAACCCAUUCGCACUCAGUUUAAUCUCUGAACGCACCAUGUUUUUCAAUGAAAGUAGUUUCGGGAAUGGUCCUAUCACUGGUGGGCUGAAUCAAAAUUUUAUGGGCUCGGGAGAUCGUACGUUAAAUAAUUGCCCAACUAUUUGUUCAAAUAUCAACUCUAGUUUGUGUACUACGAGUUCAUUAUCUCCGAAUAAUCCAGCUGGGGGUAUAACUGCAAAUUUGUCCAAUCCUAAUAUCGUUCUUGGAAGUCUUUAUUCUACUGAUCCAUCAUUGCAGGUUCCUUCUACUGAAUCCCCUUUAAUUGGAAAUUUAGGAAUUUCAAAUAUAGAAGGUAUUCCAGCUAAUGUAUUACUCAGUCUUUUACAUCAACAAACUCAGGCUCUCCAACGUAAAAUAUACAUCAAGUUAGACCACAAUAUAUUUAUUGGAGCUGCAUUUAAUUUAUCCCCGUCUGAUAUCGAAACCAUCGGUCUUAUUGAAGAUACUGAAGAUUGUAACACCAAAAGUUGUGAUAACGAGUUAUCACGGACAACUAUGAUUAGUUUCACUGUUGGUUUUUUGAUGGAUUCGUCUGCACCUCCAUCUGUUUUGUCUUAUCUUACUGAAUUAUCCAGACUGAUCGGUUCUCAAGUAAGACGUGCAGAAUUAGUGUUUAAUUACCUUAGAGAUCAAAGAGAUAUUAUUGUUUCUACUCUAGAGAAAUAUUCUUAUGCUGAUACUAAUUCGUGGUCUGGUAACUCAACAACAGACUACAACACAAAUAAAUAUGGAUCAGAUAACUUAAACUUUUCCAAAUCAUCUCAAUUCUUUCCAAAUAAACGUUAUAUCAAAAUCCCAGAAGGUGGUAAUUCUGAUAAGGAUACUAAUUUUGGUAAUUCUGCAAUGGAUCAAGAAUGCAGUGAAUCUAAGUUACCGAAUGCGUCAAGUACAAAUCAAUCAAUCAAUGAAAAUAUAUCUGCAAAUAACUCUUAUAAUAAUUUUGAUGAUUUUCAUGAUAAGAUAAAUGAUGUAACUGCAAUGAAUCCACUUGAGAAAUUAGUUCAAAUAUCAUCUUUAUGCGCUGAACUAAAAAGCAUACUUGAUUCAGUUUGUAAAACAGGUCAUGUGAACGUUAAAAUAAACAAAAUUUAUCCAGUCUGUUUUUGUCUACCGCACAAAGCUUAUUGUUUAAACAAUACUGAUGGGAUUUCUAAGUGUGUGGUUGCUGUUCGACCAAUGGCUAUUUGGAAUGCAAUGGAUAAAAUACGCCCAUAUCAUGCUUUAAUAUUACUACUGCGUAAAAGUGAUUUACUGAGAGAUUAUCUUCCAACUGACGUUAAUCCAACACUGAAAGACUUCAUAAAUGCUUUAUCGCCAACAAUUAGCUUGUAUAAUUUGGCACAACGGUUUCAUUCUCAGUCACAUUGUUUAGAUUUAGCCUUGUGGCUAAUUUAUCGUGGUCAUGCAUUGAUUGUUUAUCCAAUUGUCGCUAAUAAUAUGUAUAUUCUUGCACCCCAUUCUAAAGCAUGGUUCACACCUCAAUUAAUUGGUCAAUUUGCAACAUCGUUUCCUGAUGUCAAUUUUGCUGAGCUUUUAACAUCGUUUUCAACAAGCUUUAUACUAAAAGACCAUUUCGAUUCGUCCAAUUCUGUCGUUGACAACCUUCAUUAUGAUGGAGAUUCGGAUGUUGUUCGUAAUCGAUCUCCAAAGACCUCAUGGACAAACUUACCGUUAACGGAGAAAAUAAAUUUAAUUGCUUGGCUACUUCGACGUCGACUUAUAAUACAAAUUCAUCUCUACAUAUUCCCAACAUUUUUAUCCAAUAACAAUAUAAGCGAAACGAAUACGUUCAACGAUAUUUCAAAACAUUCGGAGGGUGUACACGUGUCCAAUGAUAAUGUUAACAGUAUAAUACACAGUAGUAGUAAUAGUAGCAGUGAAUACGACAGUGAUGAAAUCACACCAGAAGUAAAAGACAGUAAUAAUUUAGGGAUCGACCCCACUGUUUUUAAUUUUGAUGAAUUGUGUAAGAAAAUACCAAAAGAUGUCUUAUGUGAAUUAACCAAUAAUCUACCUGUUGAAUCUCAACAAAAAUUACUUCUAUCAAUUUUGAGUCAUCCUGGAGCAAUACAAAAUAUCUCACUUCUUCGAUUAUUUGGACGAAUUUUACCUCAUCUUCCAGCUCACUUGGAAGAACUUAUGUUUAAAGAAAAAAUAAAACGAUCUACUCUGGUUGAAUGCAUUGAAAGAUUUGCUCCAUUCUUAGCCACAGCAAGACUUCCAGAUCCUGUCACAUCUUGUUUUGCUGGAAUACCAUGGCCGAACUAG